CUUAAAUUUGAUCCGACUUCCGGUUCUAGACUCAUAGGGUGUUGGGUGUUCAAAAUAUCAAACCUUCCGGGUUAUGGAAAACAACGUAGAAAAAUUACUAAGCAAACCACCGGCAGCUGUCAAAGAUGAACAUAGGUUUUGCACGAUGACGACACAAAUGAACUGCCGAUGUCAAGUUCAUCUUUGACAGUUGCCGUGUACUUGUUUUGUUUUGCGACUGCAAGUUAAAAAUUGAAAAAUGACGGAAAAGUGCCUGUUAAAAACGUAUUCCACAGUGAAAAUAACUAAAAAGAUUGCCCUGUAUGUGUUUCCAGCAUCAAAGAGCGAUAUAUGUAUGAAUCUGUUGAGUGUGAGGCGACUUGCAAUUUUUACUUUCGAACGAUGAACUUCUGAUGAACUUUUAAACUGUAAACAAGUACACGUCGACUGUCAAAAAAAGUUCAUUCUGUUAAUUUUUGUGAGGUUAUGUCAUGUUCGUGCAAAACCUAAUUCAUUGCAAUUUCAUUUGUGACAUCACAAAUGAACAAACAUUCAUCCUUGACAGUUCAGCGGUACUGUUUACAAGCAAGCUUACACAAAAAUCGAAGAGCUCAUCUUAAACAAUCAUCUUUACACUUUACAACUAGUUACUUUUAUUCAAUAAAUAUCAAUAACAAAUCGUAUACAAUCGUAAACAAAUGUUUUAAAACGCUGUUUAGGCGAUAUGGACCGUAAAUGGUCUCAUCCAAUUUAUCAACAGACAAACAAAAAAAUAUCUGUUUCAAAACAGUUCUGAACUGUCAAAAUGAGUUCAUCCGAUUGAGGUUAGCAGUGACGGUAGAACACCUAAUAGAGCCUCAAAGUCAAAUGAAAUGAAUAUGGGCACUGAUGUGUUACCCGACUGGACAUUCCAACACAAUGAACUUCCAAAUUAGGUCACAGAUUCAAUCAAAGUAGCCAAUCAUUGUCACUGUCUAUUCGUUUGUGUCAUCAACAAACACACUCACUCGAUUUCCCUUGAUCUGGUGUAGUGUGUUUCGCCGGAGCUGUCAGUCUCUUCGCCGGGCAAGUUGGCAAAAUAAUACUUUCUCCGGUAAACGUGGUUGUUUCUCGUGCGUGCGUGCGGGCGUGCCUAUCGUACAGUUUUCCGAUUCUAUAUCCAUCAUCCAGCGGGGUACGGUGGUUUCCAAGAAGCUAAACACUUCCAAUCCCCUCGGGAGCACCGAAUAAGAGCACCUUUAUUAGCCUUGAUUGUGCAUAAUUUCAAUCAUUACGAGCAACCGCAAUCAAAUUUCACCUCGAUCAUCACCGGUUCUAAUCUAAUAAAUUUCAAUAUCGGUAGUGUGCGGAGAGGAAAUAACCAAUCCCUAUUCUGUUUGCUUCAGUUUUCAUUUGAACGAAUGGCGGGGACUGUGUCGUAAAUCUACCCGCAUAAACGAAUUAUUUGCCCAACCGACGAUGAACCCGAACUAUGUGCGAAAAUGUGAGGAAUAUUUGCAAAAUAUCCCGUCUCAAAAGGUGCCCGGCCCAGUGGCGACAGGACGGCGUCCGUUAACUGCAACCGGUCCGUCAUCCCGAAAGUUAACCCAAUCAGUUUCGAUCGAGCAGAAAAAACAGUCAAUCAAUAAUAAUCCCGGCGGGGUCGUCGGGCCGACGUCUUCCGUGGCAGGCAGCAGAGGUAAACAGAACCGGUCGAACGUUCCCACUAAUCCUGGGCUGGCACGUAGAUCGACGGCAGCGGCGGCGGCGGUGACGGGUGGACUGACAGAGAAACAACCGGGCUCCAAAUUUAUCCGAUCCUGUUGUCACCAACCACGACCGAGUGGAACCGUCUCCGUCGGGGCCACCAGCAGCUGGAGGACUCCGCGGGAUAUUCAUGGAAAGAAAAAAAUCGGCGAUAACGUCAAUCAGAUUGAAAGCAUCAAACCGGCGGAAAGCGAUCCGGAUUAUGGUAUGUCGAGUGUUGGCACGGAAAUAGAGCAGCAGCAUCAGCAGCAGCAGCACCGGUCGGCCGAACGACCGAAUCGGGCCACCGAGACCUGGGAUGGAUUGUUGGCGGUGGCGAAGAAGGGAUCGACAACGAAUACGCUUUCCCCACCAAUUUCGAUGCCACCCGCUCCACCAGAUCCGACGCCGCUACCAUCUGGCAGCACUUCAGUAUCGUCCUCAUCGCGACCCACCAGCUCUAUAGCAACGGUACCACCCCAACCGCGCCCGUCGGUGGUCACCGUGAUGGCAUCUCCGUCGACCCAGCGCCAGUACCGAGCAGAGCCGCCCAGUCCGUCGGACUUGGAAGGGAUUAAUUUAUUCCGUUUCGAUCCACUGCGGACGCUUCAAUUCCUGUCGCUCGAGCUCAAGUCGAAACUGAAGGAACUUUGUCCAGAACAGAAGAAACUGUACAAAAUCUCCAAGGAGCUACUGUACGCGGUGAAAAUACUGACGGAAGACUUUCGUGAUGGGUCGAAGAUGAAGAUGAAAUGCGGAAACGGCGGGAAGAGCAAAUCGACGCCCGGCUGUGAUGGGGCCAAGCAGGCGCCAACCGAGCAGUCCAAAGAAGCCCUAACCGAUCAGCAGCAACAACGGAAACAAAGGGACCUGGAAGAAGAAAUAAAGCGAUUGCAGGCAGUGAUAAAUGACAAACAAUCGCAGGAAGGCGGUCUUAUCGCCGAUCUAAAUCGAAAACUGCACGAAUCCACCAGUCGCUGCCGUCGUCUUGAACACGCCCGAAAUGAAGCAGAGAAACGGCUGCUGCACGCAACCCUCGAGAACGAUCGGCUGAAUUUUCUCCUGAGCACCCAGAUUUCGACCAUGACCAACCUACGAAGCGAUUUCAGUGCCAUUCAAAGUCUGGCCCACAAGCAAAUCGAGCAGCUCAAUCGAACCCACAGCCCACCUAAUGGCAUCAGGACCGGCCGAAGUGCCACUUGGGCAAAGAAAGCAAAUGCCACCACCUCCACAAAUAAUCACCAUCGCAAUUAUCGUCACCCUUCCGGUGGUAGUCCCCGCCAUCAGCUGAGUUGCAGCAGCACCACCACCUCGCAGGAAAAACUACCAUCUGAGCCGGCAAAUGCCAGGAAGCUUCGGCACCAUUAUAGCUUUAAAAAUAUCGCAGAAAAAGAAAGUGACGACGGUAAUGAUGCUAACGACUCCAAACAGCCGCACUCACCGUCGAGCGCCGAGGAUCAGCUGCCAUACGGUGGAAAACCCAAGCCGAACGACUACCGCAGCCAUCGGGGGGACCAUCGGGAAAGUGGCAGCGGUGAUAAUGCUGAUGCAUUCCAUCGACACUGGAAAAUGCUUCCACAUCAGCGGCAGAAUGGCGGUUUUCGUCCCAUUAGUACCAACGACGACGGUAGUGCGGCAAUUGAAACGAAUUCGAAACUGACGUCUUCGUCGACUUCCUUAUCGACAGUGUCAUCCGGUAGCUUAAGUUCGGUGAAGCGUGUCCUUCCAAGUGAUACCGACAUGGGCGCACUGCCCCCCGCGGAAAUCAUCAUCAUCCCAGGUGAUCCAAAAUCUUCCCAAGUCCCGGCUUCGCCCGUGCAAAGAUCUCGUCCUGCGAACGCUACGGCUGCUGAUGGUAACAAUUCUGACAGUUGCGACACUUCCAUCAAGACUAAUGACUGCGUCAGACUCGGCCGGGAAUCAGACCUGCACCACCAAAACCAUCGCCGGCGGAAUAUAGGGCGACCAACUGGGAAUAUGGUUUCGUCUUCCAACGGCGGCGAUACGGGCGGCACCGAAAGGAAUGCUCCUUCUGACGGUAGCAAUGGCAGGGGAAAAUACCCAAGGGAUUACGGUGAUAAAUUUGAGCUGCGUGAAAGUUACUCGCCGGCAGAAGAAAAGAAGCUUUGCCAAAAUCGCCCGAUAAUAGGUCAGAUUAGAGACGGAGACCAGAAACGCUGCCGAUCGAUGUCGAGGAGCGGCAGGUCGGGAACACAACCGGAGGAAGUGAAAGAGCCCGAGAUUGAAAGGACGACUGGCAGUGCCGCUAACGAGCCCGCUCCCGCUCGAAAGGAGGAGUUUUCUAUUGACUUUGAUGACAUAACGCUGCCGUCCUCACCGAGUCCCUUCACCGGAGGACGCCUUUCGUCGAUUGGAUGCGGACUAAACCUGGACGGCGAGUGAAUUACGUUUUGUUCUUUCUAUUUUGUAGUUUUUAUUGCUCAUUUUUUGUAACAAAUAUUCUAUUUUGUAUUAAUUGUGUACUUAGAGGUGAUUAAUUCAAAACAGACUUCCGGAGACUUUACUUUGUGCUAUAAACAGCGUUUGAAGUAUACGGUGAUGGUGAGCUCAAUUCGUCCAAGUCCCUUGACGCAAUUUUGAUAAUGCGACUGAUGAUCA